CAGAGGUGAUCUCUAGAUCAGAUUUGAAAUAAAAAAUUUCUGAUUUCCCAGGGUUUUCCUCCUGUUAUGCACCUUAGAUACAAACAGAGAGACUGCAAGAAAACCCUUUCUUAUACAGGGGUUUCACUUCAUAUCUUUCUCUUAAGAUGCAGCUGAGUCUGGGCCAAACCUUCCCACAUUCAUAUCAAAAGUAAAUCUACUGGCAAAGGAGGUGCACUGAGGCUAAACCAAGGAAUGCAAAAGUAAUGAAUUUUCACAUUUUCCCUCUGAGAACAAGCCUGAUAUGAUGAAGGAAUAUUUUCAUGUUUUAUUGAGGUUUCCUGGGCUAGAUGUCUGGUCCUAAAUACGGAGGCUUUUUAGCUAUUUAAGUCAUACUAGUUUAUUUGGUCCCAGGGUGAUUGUCUGUCCUUUCACAUCACUCAAAAGAAGCAAAAAAAAAAAGUUCCCUGCAAAAAUGUGGAAGAAAUAUCAGAUCAUCUUUCUGCAUUCACCAUGUCACUUCCUAAUCAUAAAGAACUCGAUUCCUUGUUCAGUGAGAGUAUUUGUUGCAGCUCUAGCAAUUUUCCAUUACAAUGACAUGGAGAACAUCCAUCAAGAAGAAAAGUUCAAAAGGUAACUGAAUGGUGGAUGACAGGGAGUCCAGUCAGAUUAAUGCACUUGAGGGAGUAACGUGGUGGCAUCACUUGUAGCUGCCCUGAAAGUCCCAGACCUGAAGGACAAUGUAAUUGACUGCUACAGAGUCACCUGGCCACAGCCUGAUACAAAACCUCAGCAUGUCUUAGUCUCACACUUACAGAUCUGAGACCAAGUCUGAGCUGUUCCAUCAGCCAAGCAAAAGCGGUUCAGGAGUGAAAAUUAAGGUCAUGAUCAGCAUAACCUGACGUCUCUGGGAACAUGAAGGAAACAGUUUUGGAAUCAUCUCAGAAAGCAACAGACAAGUCAUUUGUUAGAGACAUUUUGAUCUGUAACUAAAGGGUCACUGUCUGGGGUGCUGUGAUCCUUCAGGCUGGAAGGAUCCUCAGGAAGUCUCCAGCCCAACCUCCUGCUCACAACAAGGUGACCUCUCACAUCAGACCACGAUGACCACGGCUUCAUCCAUUCAGCUUUGGAAACGUCCAAGGGUGGACUCUGAUCAUAAAAUCUAUCAGAGUUUUCACUAUGUCUUUUCUCAAAGUGUCGAAUGAGUCAGAAAACAAGAAUUAAAUCUCUAAACAAGGAUUCUGUCUCAUAAUAUGUUUGGCAUUUUUUGCCACAACGUCAUCAGUGUCAUUUUGCACAACACUGCAAAACACUUUCGUCUCCUGUUUCUGGAAGUCUCUGGAUUACAGAGUCAGACUUCGAUGGCAGAAGUGGAAACACAAUAAUGUAUAAAUUCCAGCCAAAUGGACCCUGGUUGGAGUUUAAUAAAACAAAAAGCCCUGGAUGUUGUCAGUGGUAAACUAAGCAUUUUGCCAGUAAUCUCAACUUUAAACAAAGCUGUUUUAAUCAAGAUAAUUGCUACUUUUAUGCCAAUAGUGUAUAAAUUAAAUAUGAAAUAAAAUAAGAGAUAAACACUGCAACUGCAUUAUGACAAAGCUGAGGUAAAAAUAUCCAAAACCCCAGUACUGCCAGUGUUCAACAUAUGGUAAAUAUUUCUAUUGGUGUUUGAAGUAAUGCAGGAGGCAAACGGAGCUAUUAACAGUGAAGUACAGGUAUGUUUUGCAUUUGUACAUAAUUAAAACACCUAAAGGUGAAAACUGAGAUGGAACAGGAACUGCCUGAUAAAACACCAAAAUCAAAGUAUAGAAAACCAGACCAGAGUUUGAGGAAUACAAUGAAGAACUUCCUGCCCAAAAUGCACCUUGUAUGAGGUACAAGCUGUUCCCAAAUAAAGACAAGGGAGAGAGGUGUCAAGAUCUUCAAGUGAGGGGUAGCAUUUUUGUAAAACAAAAGCUCCCACAGGUAAUCCUCAAAGGUACCAGCAUCACCUGCCACUGGCACUUCCCACAAGUGUCUUGGAGUCUCACUUCUCCCAUUACCACGAUUUCUGAGAUACCUGCUUAAUGUCUUGGGUGAGAUUUUAAAUAUCUUUCAGCAGCUGGGUGGCUUAAAGAAAACUGGAGUGUGAACAGCACUAGGAGAUUGCACAGGUUGUGUCCUAUUUCUAAUGAACACCCACUGCCUAUGAAGGGAAGAUGCUGCAAACUGUGAAGGAGCAGAGUUCAAAGUGCUGCAGAUGGGCAUAAAAUAAGGAUGCAUGGAUAGAUAUGCAGUUCCCCAGCUGGGAAAAAAAAGAAAAAAAAAAAAACCAAAAAAAAAAAAAAAACAAACAAACAAAAAAAAAAAACAAAAAAGAGAGAGAGAGAGAGAGAAAGGCAGCUUUUGGUUUAGCCAUUGGCUUGGUGAAGCCUUGGAUGAUAAGAAGACUUCCUGCUUUUUCUUCUUGGUUUCCCUUCUCAGAUAUUAAUCAAAUCACUUCUCAGUUUCUUCUCUCCUUUUGAGUGAGCAACACGCAAAGCAGCUCUGUUCCUGUGAAAUCGAUCAGCACCUGAUUCUGCUGAAAUGUAAUUACUUCUGAUGCAUCAGGGAGAGACAAAAGAGACCACACUCCACAAGGCUUUUUUUUUCUGUCUGCAAGCUGAGGUGUGAACCUGUGGGAUGUGUGGCAAGGCUCUGUCCCUGGAAAGCUGCACCAAGGCGAGGAGGGACCGCGUUCCCACAAGGGCAGCGGGACAGCGCCGGCUUCCCGCGGCCGCUCCGGCCACCUGUGGGGCAGAGCAGCCGAGGGACCGCAGUGACAGCCACGGGAACCCUCUCCCGAGUCUGGGCACCGCCGGAAAGGCGCGGAGCCACGGCCGGGUGCAGCUGCAGCCCUGCCGGGCGAUGCCCUUGGCUUUGCGUUCUCCCAUGUGGGAGCCGAGCUCCGGCAUCCCCCUGCCCGUCCCUGCGGCGUGCGGAGGGGCUCGCCUCGCAUCCCAAACCCCGGCCUUGGGACAAGUGCCUGAAAGCACCGCGACCCCCGGGAGGCUCCGGGGGCUGCGGGCGGGCCGGGGCGCAGCCAUGGAAACGCGCCGAGCAUCCCCCGCUCCCCGCGGCAGCGCCCCGCCAUUCCCCACCCUCCCUGCACCACCGUGGCCUGGCCGGGCCCGCCGCGGCUCAGCCGGUGAACAGUUAACGCCGGAGAGGCGGCUCCUCAACCCACACCCUCCCCGGUUCCUGUUGUAAAAAGCGUGUGUAACCCCCCCCGGGAGAGCGGCGAGCCGGGCACGGCUAGUGGAGGGGGCGACCGCCCCUCCGCCUACUCCAGCUCCCCUCUUUUUUUAUUUAUUGCCCCCCCCUUCUCUCUCCACCCUCCCUUUUUCUGCAACUGGCCCGCGGGGUGGGCUCGGCUGGCGGGACCGCCCGGGCCCGGGGCGGCGGCCGGGCAUGGCCGGGGCGGGGGGCGUGUGUGCGGCUCCCUCCUGCCCACCCCGCCCCGCCGGCUCCCGCAGGGCACAGCCGGGAUCCGGGUGCUGACAGCGCUGGGUGCCCCCGCUGCUCCAGCCUCGCCUCUCAUCUGGCAGGGGCUGCUUUAUUUUUAUUGCCCCCUCCCUUUUUUUUUUCUUUUUUUUUCUUUUUUUUUUUUUUUCUCCUUUCGGUCAAAAGGAAAAAAUAUAUAUUGAAAAGGGUGGAGAAGGAAAAGAUAGGAAGCAGGCUCCCUCCCCCUCCGCUGCUCGUAGUCCCUCCACUCCACACCAAAAAGAGCCAUCGCAAGUGCACGCCAGUUCUUCACUAAAGUGAUCCAGCCGCUGGAUUAAGUAACUCUCGGGGAACAGCACACGCACGCACACACACGGCAAAAAUGAAGGAAAAGGCAAUGUUUCAAACGGCUAAAAUGCAAGGAAACAUGCUGGAGCUGGUGGGGAGUAAUCCUCCUCAAAGAAACUGGAAAGGAAUUGCAAUUGCCUUACUUGUUAUUCUCGUUAUCUGCUCGCUGAUUGUCACCUCUGUCAUACUCCUGACACCAGUCGAAGAUAACAGCUUGUCUCAGAAGAAGAAGAUAACAGUGGAAGAUCUCUUCAGUGAUGAUUUCAAGAUUCAUGACCCAGAGGCUAAAUGGAUAACUGAUAAUGAAUUCAUUUAUAGAAACCAGAAUGGCACAGUAAUUCUGAGGAAUGUCGAAACCAACAGUUCAACAAUAUUAAUAGAAAACAAAAAAAUUGUCUCCCUGAAGGCCAUCCGGUAUGAAGUGUCACCUGACAGGGAAUAUGCACUAUUUGCCUUCGAUGUUGAACCUGUGUAUCAGCAUUCAUAUACAGCAUAUUAUGUCCUCAGCAAAAUACCUCAUGGGGAUCCCCAGAAUUUGUACCCCCCUGAGGUCACCAAUGCAAAGCUUCAGUAUGCUGGUUGGGGUCCAAAAGGGCAACAGCUGAUAUUUAUCUUUGAGAAUAACAUCUAUUACUGUGCCCAUGUGGGGAAACAAGCCAUCCGAGUGGUCUCCACAGGAAAGGAAGGUGUUAUUUUCAAUGGGCUCAGCGACUGGCUGUAUGAAGAGGAGAUCUUGAAGACUCACAUUGCUCACUGGUGGUCUCCUGAUGGCACCAGGUUGGCAUAUGCAACAAUUAAUGCCUCCAGAGUCCCCACCAUGGAGAUCCCAAUAUAUACAGGCAUCCUUUACCCUACUGUUAAAACAUACCAUUAUCCAAAGGCUGGAAUGGAAAACCCAACCAUUUCUUUGCAUGUGAUUGGUCUGAAUGGACCCACUCAUGACCUGGAAAUGACUCCCCCAGAUGAUCAGAGAAUGAGGGACUACUACAUCACCAUGGUGAAGUGGGCCACCAGCACCAAGGUGGCAGUGAACUGGCUGAACAGGGCCCAGAACGUGUCCAUCCUGACGCUCUGCGACGCCACCACGGGGGUCUGCACCAAGAAACAUGAAGAUGAGAGCGAUGCUUGGCUGCACAGACAGAAUGAGGAGCCCGUUUUCUCCAGGGACGGUCGCAAGUUCUUCUUCGUCCGGGCCAUUCCCCAGGGAGGACGUGGGCAUUUCUACCACAUUGCCAUGUCAUCCUCACAGCCCAACAGCAGCAGUGAUGAAUUACAGGCUAUUACAUCUGGAGACUGGGAUGUGACAAAGAUACUGGCAUAUGAUGAAAAGAGGCAGAAAAUUUAUUUCCAUAGCACAGAAGAUUCACCAAGAAGGAGACAUUUAUACAGUGCAAGCACAAAUGGGAACUUCAACAGGAGGUGCCUGUCCUGUGAUCUGAUUGAAAACUGUACUUAUUUCAGUGCAUCCUUCAGCCACAACCUGGAAUAUUUCCUGCUGACAUGUGAAGGUCCCCGUGUCCCGAUGGUGACUGUUCACAACACAACAGAUGCACAGAAAAUUUUUGAGCUGGAGGUAAAUGAAAAUGUGCAGCUGGCUGUAAAUGACAGGCAAAUGCCUAAGGUAGAAUACAUGGAAAUCAAGAUAGAUGAUUACAGAUUGCCAAUGCAGAUCUUGAAGCCAGCAACCUUUGCGGACACCGCGCACUACCCCUUGCUUUUGGUUGUGGACGGGACGCCAGGCAGCCAGAUCGUCACGGAGAGGUUCGAGGUGACGUGGGAGAGCGUCAUGGUCAGCUCCCACAACGCCAUCGUGCUCAAGUUCGACGGCCGCGGCAGCGGCUUCCAGGGCGCCAAGCUGCUGCACGAGGUCAGGAGGAGGCUGGGCCUGCUGGAAGAGAAGGAUCAGCUGGAAGCUGUCCGGACAAUGCUGCAGGAGCAUUUCAUUGAUAAAACAAGAGUCGGUGUGUUUGGGAAGGAUUAUGGUGGUUACCUGAGCACUUACAUGCUUCCAGCUGGUGAAGACAACCAGGUGUUUGCCUGUGGAGCUGCUCUUUCCCCAGUGACAGACUUCAGACUAUAUGCUUCAGCCUUUUCUGAAAGAUACUUGGGCUUGCACGGGGUUGAUAACAGAGCAUACGAGAUCAGCAAAUUAUCACACAGAGUCUCAUUACUAAAGGAACAGACAUUUUUGAUAAUUCAUGCUACUGCUGAUGAAAAAAUCCAUUUUCAGCAUACUACGGACCUUAUCACACACCUAAUUAGGGCAAAGGCUAAUUACAGCUUGCAGAUUUACCCUGACCAAAGCCAUUACUUCAGCAAUGCAGCAGUUAAGCAGCACUUGUACCAGUCCAUUGUCAACUUCUUUGUGGAGUGUUUCGAGGUUCCAGACAAACUCCCACUCGCCCCACUGAAAGAGGAGGAGGAGGAGGAUUAACCCUACUUGUCCGUGCUAAGCACAAGGCAGAUCUCUCUGACAAUAUGCAACUGGAUCAUUUUCCUGAAGAAAGAGAUGUUGUUAGCAUGUAUUAAAAAAAAAAAAAGAACAAAAACUGAAAGCAGCUCCUCUGCUUUACUUGACAGCAACUCCUUCCUAAAUGGAAGAACAUUAAGCAUGGUGAACUCAGCAGAAACUGCUGUCUGAAAUAAAUCCAUCACAACCAACAUCUUCCUUUUCUUUGGAUUUUUUCUUUCUUUCUCUUUUUUUCCUUUUUUUUUCUUCUUUUUUUUCUUUUUUUUCUUUUUUUUCUUUUUUUUUUGUUUGCCACAAAAUGACUUCUAAAGUGAAGAUGGUAAGAUGUUGAACUUGAAGGAACACCCCAAGAAACCACUUUGAGGACUGGAAGAUUUAAUGUCUCUGCAGUCAAGCAGUAGCAGUGAAAUCCAUCAUCCACAUUAAAGUUACUAUAGUUAGCAUCACACUGUGUCAGAAAAAAAAAUCUAAUCUAAUACAUGGAGACUAUAGCACAAUUAUUUUAAAGGAUACAAAUUCAUACACUUGCCUGCUCUUUUCCAUCUUCAGGAGGUUUGUCAUUGCUACAGGAUACACAAAUCCAAUAGUGAGAAAUAUCACUAUAGUUGUACCCAUCUUUACCUUCCUGUAAUUAUUUUGUUAAUUCUGUAUGGCUUUUACUUCUGUUGUUCAUUGGUUCUCAUGCUUACCUUAUUAGCUUCUCAGCUUGUUCUGGAUGGGGAAAAAACAUAAAACAAAUUAACCAACUCACUUUAGACCUCAGGGGUCUAAUGAGGCUAUGGGAAUUGAGCUACCCAGAUAUUAAAAAAUCUAUUGGAAUAAAGCAAAGAAAAACUCACUCUUGAGUUCCCAAAAUAUCUCUUGCCAGCAAGAUUGAGUAUUUUCUUUGGCAGCCUUGAAAAAUAUGCACAUAAAUAAGCUAAAUCAGCUUACAUUGAGAUAUUUUUUAUUGCGAUGUAGAAAAAUAUGCGACAGUCAUGAUUAUUCUUUCUCUUUCUUUAGUGUUGGAACAAAUGGUUGGGUUGGGUAACCUGCUAGGUGAGGCUGUGGUACAGGAAUUUGUACCAGAGACCCCACAGAUCAUCUUAUAAAGCCAUUUAAACAGAGACAACGUGCAGAGAUUUAUUGCACAUGCUGUGUGUGGCUUAGUUUUAUUCCAGGUCAAUGAUUAGCAUAUUACAAACACUUUUAAUUACCUCUUAUGCUCACACUAAUUUUGACAACCGUAAAAGAAGAAAAAAAAAAAAAAAAGAGGAUUUUUUUCUUUAAAAGGUCUAACUGUUCAUUUUAGCAGUGGAAAGCAACUUUUAAAAGUUGUGAAAACAUUCAGCUCUCAGAAAGGAAUCCAACCUCCAUCCACUCCCAUGUAAUGCAUCAUAAGAAUUUUGACAGUGUCGCUCCUUGUAAAAUAUUCUGACCAAAUGUACAGCCAGUAUUAAUACUGUAUAUUUCAUUUUGUUGUAUAUAAAGGAAUGUAAGUCAGCUCUUUGUCAGAUCCCCAAUCCAAUAUUAGUCUUGUGUUCGACAUGCAUGCGGUAACACUUCUUUGCUGGUCAGGACUCCUUAGAAGCACUAGCUUGGAAAUAUAACAAAUAAUGUAAUUUCUUUUCUUCUUUAACAGCUUGAAUGUCAAUACUGGUUCCUACUUUUUCCAUAGUACUGUGGGUAAACUCACAUCCUGACAGCAAUGAUGAUGUUUCCAUUGUGUUCUUUAGUGUGUCUUUUUUUCUUACCUUUAUUUUAAGCUUUGAAUGUUGGUUGUACUUUGACCACCAUGAAAAAAUAUAUUGAUAAACCACAGAAAUUACCUAGUUUGGUUGGGAUUAUCUCCUUUAAUUUACAGUGCAUCAACUUUGUGUGAACAAGAACUACGGUGUAAAUCUGCUUUAUCUGGCAAAAAUGCCAAAUAGACCAUGAGAAUGCUGCGUGUCCAGAUUUUGCUACGCUGAACAGGCUCGAGAGCCUGAAAUGAACUUGAACUGAGAAAUGUAAAAAUCUGCUCUGUCCACAAUCUUUUGUAGAAAGAACUUUAGGAUGUGGCAUGGUAGUGUUUGUUCAUUCAUGGAAUAAAACAUUAUUUUACCACCCU